GCAUGGAGCGGCGGGGACGCCGCCAGACAGUCCCAGCAGCGCCGCAGCCCAGCCCCGGGGCCCUGCCCCGCGCGCGGCCCCGCGCCCUGUAGAGCGGCCCCGGCCAUGGGCUCCCACCCGCCGCGCCAGCUGCUGCUGCAGUUCGCCGCCGGCGCGCUCCAGGCGCAGAACUUGGAGCGGGCGGCCGAGCUCUGCGGGCACCAGCUGCAGGUGGAUGCCCCGAGCCUGGUGCCCGAGUGGCAGGUGCUGCUCAAGCGGGCCGACGCGCUGGCCGGCGGGGGCCGGCUCCACGAAGCCUUCCAGCUCUACCAGCUGGUCUCCCGCCACCAGCAGCUGCGGGCGGAGCAGCUGGAGAAGCUGGUGGAGUGCCUGGCGCAGGGCAUCCGGCUCCGAGAGCGGCUGCCCGCCUGCUGGAGCGGCGGGGGCAGCCUCCUGCAGCCCCGGGAGUGGGACAUCUUUAGCUGUCGCAAAUGCCAGGGCUUCCUUUUCGAGCCCGUCUCUUUGCCUUGCGGACACACGUUUUGCAAAAAGUGCCUGGAGCGGGACAGGGCCUCCGAGUCCCACUGCGCCCUGUGCAAGGAAGAGGGGAGCCUGGCUGCCGGGCAGCACCUCCGCGUCAAUGUCAUCCUCAGCAACCUGCUGGCCAAGUGGUUCCCCGGACAAGUGAAGGCAUCGCAGCUCAGGCACGAAGGGAACCUCUUGUAUAAGGAGAAGAAGCUGCAAGCUGCCCUGCAGAAGUACAAUGAAGCAGUCAGCCUAGCUCCAAAUGACCAUUUAUUAUAUAGCAACCGGUCCCAGAUUAACUCUACUUUGAAAUCUUAUGAAGAUGCAUUGCAUGAUGCAGAAACAGCAUGCAGGCUCCAACCAUAUUGGUCAAAGGGUCACUUAAGGAAAGGACAAGCAUUGGCUAAUGUGGGGAAAAUAGAAGAAUCUUUAAGAGAGUUUCUAUUUUGCCUUGCCCUGGAUUUUGGGAACAGGACAGCCAAAUCAGAGGCUCAAAAGCUUCUACUUAGUUUAUUUUCACCCAUCCCGGGAAACGCUCAGGAACACUUACCCGAUAUCCUGCAGCUGUUGUCACCUCACUCUAGAUUGAAGGGGAACCUUCUAAAUUCAGUGGGAUCUGCAGACACCAGCCAUAACCUACAAAGGUUGCUCAAGGUAAAUGUGGAACAGAAAAAGAGUUUCCCUGCUCAGGAAGAACAAAAAAUGAGUGACUGUGGCAGUCUGAGAAAAUCCAUUCAAAUGAUAGAAAGUAAAAAAGGCUGCUCAGAAGAUGAGAACAAACAUGCCUCUGCCCCAGAGUCUGCCCUUCUCAUUUCUGAGAAAUGCAGCCUUCUGAAGAGAAAGCACUGCUCUGAGGAAAUGAGAAGUGCUGAGGUGCCCUGCAAACUCAUGAAGAAAGGUGCAAUUGAUGCUAAGGGAUCUAGUGCUGGGCACUGCGUUCCAUUUGAAUUUGUGGACCCCUCUGACCUGGAUUGUUCUUUGUGUAUGAGGCUUUUUUAUGAACCUGUCACCACACCUUGUGGGCACACCUUCUGCCUGAAAUGUCUCGAAAGAUGCCUAGAUCACAAUGCAAAAUGUCCCCUGUGCAAAGAAGGUCUCUCUGAGUGUUUGGCUCUGAGGAAAUAUUGCAAAACGGUACUGAUGGAGGAGUUAAUAGCGAAGUACCUUCCAGAGGAACUCACUGAGAGAAGGAAGAUUUAUGAAGAAGAAAUUGCAGAGCUUUCCAACUUAAAUAAGAAUGUUCCCAUCUUUGUCUGCACAAUGGCCUAUCCUACAGUCCCUUGCCCUCUGCACAUCUUUGAGCCAUGUUAUCGACUGAUGAUUCGAAGAUGCAUGGAGACUGGCACCAAACAAUUUGGAAUGUGUAUUGGUGAUCCUGUCAAGGGGUUUGCUGAUUAUGGCUGCAUUCUGGAGAUAAGAAACGUUGAAUUCUUUGCUGACGGUCGCUCUGUUGUAGACAGCAUUGGCAAGAGGAGGUUUAAGGUGAUAGAGCACAGCCAGCGUGAUGGAUACAACACAGCAGAUAUUGAGUACAUUGAGGAUCAGAAAGUGCAAGGAGAGAACUAUGCGGAGUUACUUGUUCUACAUGAUUCUGUAUAUGAUCAGGCUUAUAUGUGGUUUAACUCACUCAAACAACCACUCAAGAGUCGAAUUCUCAGUCAUUUUGGUCCAAUGCCAGCUAAGGAUCCUGACCCACAGGCUAGCCCCAAUGGCCCUGCGUGGUGCUGGUGGGUCCUUGCUGUCCUUCCCCUUGAGAGUAGAGCUCAGCUCCCGUUUCUUGCCAUGAAAUCUAUGAAAGACCGCUUGAAUGGCAUCAGACGAGUCCUUACAUUUAUGUCCCGUACAAGGUCACGAUGAUGCUGAGAACGAGCUGUGAAGCCUCUUGCAAUACUUGACUGUGGAGUUUCUCUUGUAGCUAUAUCUAACUGCAAUAAUGUCUUACGGAUUUGUGUGUCAAAACAGGACAAGUUUGAAGUCUAACUUUCAAAGGAAAUAAAAUAUAAAGAGCCAAGGAUAUUUACAGAUCACUCAGUAGUAUCCAUUUGGAUCUCUGAACUUUCUUGAGAUGAGUAUUCAAUUGCUGCACUGCUAGGCUAGUAUCAUCGGUGUUAUAUAACAGAACAAAGUGAUCUUGUUUGCCAUAAACUUUUUGAAAGUUUGAGGUGGGUUUUUUUUGUAGUAGUAGAUAAAUGAAAUCUGUGCAGUUAAUGUGAAACAGAAAUACUGAUAGUGUUAAAGCAUUAUUUCAAUGAACUGCAAAGUCUUUUAUUCCAAAUGGUUCAGGUUUAUAUAGCAUUGUAUAUUAUAAUGUCCACAACUUCUGUUUGAUCUUUUAUUUUUGCACUACUAUGUCUUUUUUUUGGUUUCCAGAUAUAUAUUGUAAUUAUUUAUGUGUACAUUCUCUACACAGAAAGUAAGCUGCUCUAUUUAUUUAUGGUGUCUUACCAUGUAUGAAUGACUAGGAGAAAAGAGAUUAGGAAUACACAAGCUACUACUUCGAUCAUUUUUCAAUACAUUUGUGUUUGAGUACUUUGAAUGUUUUUCUACUAUCUCCAGUGUUCUAUAUUCUAAGAAGGAUUGCCCCCAACACAGCUAGCCGUGAAAAUGCAGGCUUUGUCUGAAAUAAUUCAGUCAGUUGCUGGGUAGAGCUUGAUCCUACAAUCUUAACUUGGCCCCCAGUCAAGCAAAGCCCUUCAGUAUAUACUAAAGUGUUUUGUUGAUUUGGGGCUUUGGGUAACAAACUUCAGUGGGGUUUGCCCAGAGAGAUGACUGAAGGAUCCAGCCAUUAAUUUUGCACAGAUAUAAAGAGUAGCACGAUGCAACAGCUUGCGGUGAAAUGUUGUAUUUGAAUUGCUGUGAGUAUCACAGCUACCUACAAACACAAGGCAGGAGCUGAUUGGUGUGAGAGGCAACCUUUCACAAAAGAGACCUAGAGAGAGGGGGAUUAUUUCACUUCAGGUUAUUAGAGAGACUCUUUAUAUCAACCCUGUUAAAUGUUAAGAUCCUGUUAUGUUUGUAAUUAAUAUUAUGAUUUGAUUUGUGCUAUGAAGGGCUCCAGGAGGGCUCACAAGAAGGAAGGUAUUUUAAUAAACUUUCUAUUUAUUCCACCUCAACCUCCGGGUUUUUCCAUUAGCCACAAGUCUCUACCUGAUCUCUGCGUGUCUCCUGUCAGACACUGAGCCGCUUGAUAGCUAAUGGUUAAAACCCUAAAAACAAAUGAAAAUUGGGCUUCACUUCACUUUUUCUGUAUCUUUUGUUCUGUGUAACAUUUUGGGCCUGAUCUUGCUUCCAUUAAAGUCAGUUGGAGUUCUAUCAUUGACUUACGUGGGAGCAAGCAUAGGUCUUUGUAUCUAAACUAUGGAUUUCCCUCUUCAGAGAGCAAGUAGGAUGAAUGAAAAUUCAUGAUAUUGCCUGGAAUAGUAUUUAUUUCAUACCCUUCUGGAAAAGCCCUGUAGAAUUUAAUAGAAUAUUGUCAUCUUUCCAUAGGUUUUUAAAAUCAUUUUAGUUCGAGAUAAUUUAUUUCAGUUCUAUAGUUUUUUAGAGUAAUUUAUGAACCCUGUUAAGUUUCUGUAGAAUGUAGUUUGUUUCAGCCCUAUUAAAUUCUAUGGCACUCUUCUGUAAGUGCCAUAGAAACAAAUUGUCACACGUUUCAGUUUUCCAUCUAGUGACGCAGAUUGAAAGUGUAUUUUGUGUUUUUUGCUUUAGCUACUUUGUAAAUACUACAGGAAACUCAUUUCAAUGCUGUUAGAUUGCCACACUUUUCUGUGGAUGGUCCUGUGCCUGUUUGAGAAUCAUACACAGUAUAGGGCUUCUGUUCUUGGCUUAUUAAUUUCAUUGUUUGGCAUUUGUUUUGAGUUCUAUGAAGAUAUCCAAAAAUGGGGCUUUUCUCUUUGUAUAUACACUUAGUACUGUUUCAAACAGCAUUACCUUAAAGGACAUUAGGGAACCUUUAGUGUGAAUCAGCGAGGUCUAUGAAGACCAAUUAAUGUGCAAUAUGCUAGUGAACUUCAGAAAUCACACAUCCCUAGUUCAUAUUACUGCUCUGCGUUCGCAAGCCAGUGAACAGGGACAUCACCUAUAUAAACAAACUGCACUGUGAAAGGGGUGAAGUCAACGUGAAUUGAGUAACCAUUUCCAAUGUUUUUUUUUCCAGUUUUAUUGGAUAAAAACCAAUUUCUUUUUUUAAUUGGGGAUGUUUUAUCCUGUCUAUUAAAACCAAAAAUCAGAAGCCUUGUAUAUGUAUUAUGAACGCCUGUUUUAAAAAGUAAACUGCAUGGUGGCCGCUAUCUGCUAUGGCAUCUAUCUUCAUAAGGAAGAAAACAAGUCACUUAGCAAGGAGUGAGUUCUCAUCUUAUUUGCAGGUGAAGUCACAUUAAAUGCAGUUCUGACCUAGGCCAUUUCUGUAUUAAUAAUGUAUAACUUAAGAGACCAGUCCUGCUCCCAUACAAGUCAGUGGGUGGUUUUGGUCCUCGCAUCCAUAGGUCUUUAAGUAUCUUGUAUUUUGGGACUGAUUGUAUUGCUCUUUUCUGCAUGCCAGAACUUCUGUCACACUUAUUUAUGUUACUGGUUCACAGAUAACUAUGGAGAGUCCUUUAAUUACACUUGGCUGAUGGAUUUUAAAAGUAGGCAUUGUCCUUUCCAUCACUCGCAGGGUGAGUUGAAACCACCAAGUUUCAACUCUCUUGGAGUUAAUUAUGAUAACAUCUACCAGUUUCUACUUAUGCCACCGUGUAGUGUUUAUUUUUGAGAUACAGUAAAUUUGGCAUCUUGUCUGAAAUGUGAGAAAAUAGCUUUAACAAUACCUUCACUUAAAUUUCAUAUACUACAUUGAUCUGAUAGUAUACUUAUUAUUCUCACCAUCAAGUUGUCCCCAUAACUGUGUACUGACCUACUGUAGAAUAAAAACAGUCCUGUUACCUGUGCACCCAAAUGUAUUGAUCAAUGGCAGUUUUGGCUGCACACCAAAUACAGGCUCGGGUUCCUAGUUCUUAAACAGCAUAGGGUAAAAUUCGCCCCUGUGUAGCAAACCCAUUUAAAUCCCAUUUAACCCCUAUUUUGGGGGGUUAAAUAACUGUGUAUGCUUUUUGCUGGUCCUUCACACAGGUUAAAUAUCCACUGGAGCUCAAUUCAACAGUCUUGAAGUCACCAGCAAAAGUUUGAUUUCGGGGCAGUUUGGUUCCCAAUAAUGACAAUCAGAUAAGAGGAAAAAGAUCAAACCAUAGCUGAAUGAAAGCCAUCUGCCAUAUCAAUAUUGUAGGGCAAGCCAUAAAGCAGCCCUAGCAUGGGUUUCCUGAAAGUUUUAAAUUCAUUUACACUUGUUUGAUACGAUUUUGUUCAUUUGCGACCUUCACCAUUUAUGAGACGUGAUUAGUGCAAAUGCAUGAAAAUAACUUAAUGCUGGUCAUGUCAUGCCACAUUCCUGUGUAUUAAUGUGUGUGUGUGUAUAUACACACACACACACACACCCCUCUGAUAUUCAUGUCAAAUUUCUUCAGUAAAUUUAUUGUUUCUAUGACACUAAGUACAAGGCAGACUCAAGCUAAAUGACUCCUUCCUGCUUUGUACGCUACUUCAUCUAACAACAAAAAAUGAUGGGAAAACAUAUGAAUGAAGGGGGAAAAAAGUUUUCUCUUGGCCAGCUCAACUUUCCAAAAAACUAAAAAUGGUUGAGAAUGGAACUGAGUAGAUAGACUGAUUCUGAUCUCAUUGACAGGUAUAAAUCAGGAGUAACUGCACUGAAGACAAUUAAAUUACACCAGUAUAAAACUGAUGUGAGAACAGAAUCAAGCAAAAGGUUCAGUCAGACCUGGUUGGCCUCAUGGAGGUAACACUGGAGUUCCCUUUUCUUGAGUGCUAUUAUGUGUGGGGUUUUUUUAUUUUUUUUAUUAGCUGUUAAGCUGACAGCUGGGAUUUCUCAUUGUGAAGUGGCUGGUCCAUGCUUGGGCUACCCCUCUAUCCUGUGUGAGUGUUUACUAGCCUUUAGAGCACAUACGAACCACUAAUUUGUUAAUCCAAUAAUUAUUUUAAUCUUGGUAAAAAUGGAGUUAGAUGACAGAUUUGCAUUUACUGGGUCUGAUAGAUAGUUAGGUAUAGAGGUUAGAGAGCAUUAUAAACUGAAGUUUUAUAUUUUGAAUGUGGUCACUCAAUGAUUUCUUUGAUACUGGAAUUUUACCAGUGUUUAAACUAGUUAAUGAGAGCAAAAGGUACAUUUUCAAUGCAGCCUUGUUUUUUGGGAGUAGUGGGGAGAUUGGUUCAUGUCGCAUAUUUGUGAAAAUAGAUGUUUUGCAUAUCUAUAAGUAACUGAGUCUACGGUUGCUUUAUGUGCAAAACUCAGCAUUGUAUGCGUUUAGGGUCUGAUACAAAUGUGUCAAUAGACUCUGCAUUGACUUCAUGAGGGGUUGGAUCAAGCCCACAAAGAUGGCAGGAUCAGGAAAAAUGCAGAAAAGUACCUUCUUUGUAAAUGAAAUACUCUGCCAAGAUUUGCAGAAUAAAUAUUGCCAAUAUACAAGAAACCAGAUUGUUUAAUACAGGAUUAAAUCUUAAAUGGCUGAUGCACAAAAGCUGAACUGUUACACUGAGGUCUUGUCUACAUGGCAGUGCAGUGGUAACUACAGCGGUGUGAACUGUAGAGUAUGCUCUAAUUGUCCCAUGUAGACCAUGCUGGUGUGAACUAGAAGGUACCUAGUUAUCACUGCUGUAGUCCUAUUUGAAACAGGGCUAAGUACUACUUAGUUCACACAAGCGGGGUAUACAGGGGUCAGAGCACAAGUUAGCAUAUUCUACAGUUCAUACCCCUGUCAGUACUGUACAGAAGUGCUUACUAAUAUCAGUUUUCAUGAGGUCUAAAUUAACCCUCAAAUAGAAGUGCCUGUAUUUCUAUGUUGCUGGUUGCCAUUCUUAAUCUUGUCAGUCAUAGCCCACCUCACACCCCCUUUUUUAAUUCUUGACAUCAGAUUUGAGGAAUACAGGUUUACAGGGCAGCACUGUGGCAGAAACCAUGUAAUCGUUUUACAUCUACUGGAAGAAAAGAAAUCCACAAAAAGCAGGUGGAAAAAGAUCAUUUGAGAUAUCUUCAUGUGAUGCCGUAGACUUGUCCUAUUUAAUACCAUCAAGCUAUGUGAUUAUUAGAGAGCCAGAAAUAAAAUAUCAAGUCAUUUUAAAUAGUGACAAAUGUCUUUGGGGGCUUGUGUAUUCCAUCUGUGUGUAAAGCAUCCUUUUAUUUUCUUGCACUGUAAUGAACUUGAAGUGAAAUUAAAUUAAACUCUCGUCAUUGAACAGCAGUACUAUUCCGCUACCUCUAUAUAAGUUUGACAUAUCUUUAUUUUUUCCAAUUUACGUUGUCAUGUUCAGGAUAUUAAUUUCAGAGUCCUGUCAGCCUGUAUGUGUAUCCAGUAGUACUAAUAAUUAUGCUGUAUGGACAAAGUUUGUGAAUACUUGUUUGCUAAUUAAAAUUUGUGUUAUUUAG